CUGAAGCGCAAGACCAUGGUACUGCAAAACGUAUCUCAAUUACUCAAUAGAUCUCUAGUGUAGAGAAAUUAGUGAGCUCACACGAUGGAACUCACUAAGGAGAAGCAGCCAGCCAUGGACCAACUCCAAGACAAAGCCCAGCUGUGGAACCACGCUCUAGGCUUCAUUAGAUCCAUGUCCUUCAAGUGCGCCAUCGAGCUCGGCAUUUCCGACGUUCUGCACAACCACGGCAAGCCCAUCACUCUCUCCGAGCUUGCCACCUUCCUCUCCAUCCCUCCGUCCAAAACCCCGGCCCUCGGAAGCCUCAUGCGCUUGCUCGUCCACUCCGGCGUUUUCGCGAGUCACCCACAACAAGGAGGGGGAGAAGAAGAGGGGUAUUUCCUCACGCCGACCUCUGAACUCCUGGUGAAGGAGGAGAAGGCGUGUGUCUCGCCGUUCGCGCUGCUGAUAUUGAACUGGACCAUGUUGGUGCCGGGGCACCAGCUGGGGGAGUGGUUCAUGGCCGGGGCGGCGGCGGAGACGCCGUUCGACAUGGCGCACGGCAAGGGGAUAUUUGGGGAGACGAACGUGAGGGCAGACUUCAACGAGCUGUUCAACGAGGCGAUGGCGAGCGACGCGCGGCUGGUGACGGAGGUGGCGCUUCUGCAGCGGCAGUGGGAGAUGCUCCGCGGGGUGCGGUCGGUGGUGGACGUGGGCGGCGGAACGGGCACGGUGGCGAAAUCCAUCGCCAAGGCGUUGCCCGAGGUGCGGUGCAUGGUGCUGGACCUGCCACACGUGGUGGCGACGAUGGACGAGGAGCAGCGGGAGGGCGUGGAGUUCAUCGGAGGGGACAUGUUCGAGCACAUCCCUCCGGCGGAUGCCGUCUUGCUCAAAUGGAUAUUACAUGACUGGAGUGAUGAACACUGCAUCAAGAUACUAAAGCAUUGCAAAGAAGCUAUUCCUACUAAGAAAGAUGGUGGAAAGGUGAUCAUAAUAGAUAUGGUAGUUGGUGUUACGACUGAUAUUUCUAUCUCAGUUGAAUCACAACUUAUUUUUGACAUGGAGAUGAUGAUCCUUACUCCAGGAAAAGAACGAAGUGAAAUUGAAUGGAAACGUUUAUUCCAUGCUGCAGGUUUCAGCGACUAUAAGAUCACACCAUCUAUGGGUUUACGAUCAGUCAUUGAGUUGUAUAACUAAAUAUUAGAUGAAGUGCGGUGAUUGGCUUGUAUUUUGGAUGAACAUGCUUCUAUUUAUAUGCUUAUAUAGCUAUUGGCUUGUAUAAGGAUAAACACCAAAUUACCUUGAUAUGCUAGGUUAAUUUGGUUAAUCAUAAGUAAUUGCCGCAUUGUAUGUCUUUCUGUAAUCCAAUAUUACUUUGCUUAUUAUGUAUGUUUUCUUUGGUCAUACUACCACUUCUCCACUGUAAAGUAAUGGAAACGUUAUGUUAUA